AUGUCGCCCUCUAGUGAAGAAUACGCCUUGAACCAACUGCAGGUGGAGCAGUCGAAACUACUGGACAAGAUUGACGAAUUACGCAGUCUUGGUAUCGGUGGCCUUGUGGAAUUACCUCAACUCAUUGUCUGUGGCAACCAGUCGAGUGGAAAGAGUUCCGUGCUCGAAGCCAUCUCCAGAGUGCGUUUUCCAGCCAAGGGAAAUGUCUGCACCCGAUUCGCGACUGAGGUCAUUCUUCGUCGCAGUCCACAAGCGCGAGUCAAAGUAUCUAUCGAACCGGGCGCUUCACGCACCGACAAUUACGAGCGAGCGAAGCUCCAAGCCUUCACAUCCGAGUCAUUUUCCACCAGCGACGACCUUCCCAAAUUGAUCAAGGAGGCUGAAGAAUGCAUGAGAAUUGGUGGUGGCCAACUCUCCACAGCAGGCUUCAGCGAUGAUGUUCUCAAGGUCGAGAUCUCUGGUCCCGAAAAGCCAGAGCUCAGUCUGGUUGACCUUCCGGGGCUCUACAGCUCCGUCAGCGAUGAGCAGAACGAAGAAGGAAUGAUGUUAGUUGAACAGUUGACGAAGAAGUACAUGGAGAAUAAGCGGAGCAUCAUCCUCGCCGUCAUCAGCACGAAACUUGACUAUCAUCACCAGCGAGUCUUGAACCUGGCAGGGAAGAUUGACCCAGGGCACGAGAGGACACUUGGAAUAGUGACCCAGCCCGAUACUCUCUCACCCGGCUCGGAAGAGGAAGAAACCUAUCUGAAGUUCAUCAAAAAUGAAAAGAUCAAUCUACAGCUCGGAUGGCAUGUACUUUGCAAUCGGAAGUUUGAGACGCGUAACACUUCGGAUGAUGAGCGAGACCGAAACGAACGCGAAGUUUUCGAACAGGGACGAUGGGCUUCACUUUCUCGUGAGAUUGUGGGGAUUGACAGCCUAAGACGUCGGCUGAGCAAUAUUCUGCUGAAGCACGUUCGCCGCAGCCUUCCAGAUCUGAUCUCGGACAUCCAAAACAAGAUCUCGGAACACGAACAAAAGCUAGCAAAGAUGGGCACCGCACGGUCAACCAUUAAAGAUCAGCGAGGAUUUCUUGUCGACAUAAGCAGCAAGUUUGGUCGCAUUACAGACCAGGCUUUGAACGGAAUGUAUUCCGAUGAUUUCUUCGGCGGAUUUGACGACCAGAUAGCGAACAAGGAGGAUACCCACGAUUUCCGUCGAUUGCGGGCAGUCAUUCGUGAGAUGAAUGAGAACUUCGCAGAAGCCAUCAGUAUUCGUGGCUGCCGAAGAAUCAUCCGUCUCACUGAUUCAAGUCUCCCUUUUUCAACCCUUCAGCAGCAAAGGUCUAAACCUUAUAUGAAUGACUGGGUACCUGAAUACGUCAACGAAGUGACCCUUCAAGAGGAAAUAAAAGAACAGGCAGUCAAAUACCGCGGUAUAGAGCUUCCAGGAAACGCAAAUCAAAUGCUCGUGGGGAGUUUGUUCCGUGAUCAGUCCGAACCCUGGGAAAACCUUGCUGAGGCUCAUUUAAAGGAUGUCUGGUCCUCGGUCAAUUAUUUUGUUGGCCUUGUCCUCCAGCAUCUAACGGAUCGACACACUUACCCUUUACUGAUGCGAGACCUUAUCAUCCCCGAGAUGGACCGUUUGAGGGCCCGUCUGUUGGAGAAGCUUCAAGAAUUGACCUCCUACAGGAAAUGUGGUCAUCCUCUGCCCCUGGGAAAAAACUUCCUUUCCACGAUCCAGGAGUCGCGCAAAAGCGCCAACUCUGCCAGUGAUCUUGACCGAGCAGCUUCUCAGUUGCAGUCAUCCAGUGACCAGUUUGCAGCGGCCGAAAUCAUUGACCAGAUGCAGGCCUACUACGAUACCGCCAUCGUGACUUUCAUCGACAACAUCGCGAUACUUGCAAUUGAGAACUGCUUGCUCCGACCCCUCGAGCACAUUUUCACUGGCCAGUCUAUCAUUGGCAUGGAGGAUGCUCAGAUCCGGAGCAUUGCAGCAGAGCCGCCCAAUGUCGAACUUGAUCGUAAACGUCUAAACGAAGAACUGAACAAGCUGAAUGCAGGCAGGCAAACCCUCAGCGCCUUCAGUACGGACGGACCCUCGAUGCCAUCUCGGCCUGUCUUUGUUAGCGUCUCGGUCGGAUACAUCUAG